CCUUUCUAAACCUUUUGGCUGCACAUAGUAGGUCUAAGCCACAAACAGCUCUUUGAUUGCCGACAAUUCAGGAUGUUACAAAUCGUUACACAAGCGCCACUUUAGUAGCCUGUAGCACGAUCGGACGCAGAAACGGAGAAGACUUGAAAACCUUUGUUCUGGGCUGUGAAAUGCAACAGACACCUAGGAAAUGAUGCACAAAGAGAACACGAUUAAGGCUGUCACACUCAUCUUGCACUGCCUGCUCUGGCAGGCCCAGGGGAAGCCUCUGUUUCCUGAACAGGAGAAGGAUCCUGAAUAUUGGAACUCAUGGGCACAGCAUACUCUGGCAAAGGCUCUGGAGCAAGAGCAUAACACAAACAUUGCCAAGAAUCUUAUUCUUUUCCUGGGAGAUGGUAUGGGUGUACCUACAGUGACAGCAGCGAGGAUCUUGAAGGGACAGCUGAGUGGCCACAGUGGAGAGGAGGGGCAGCUAGAGAUGGACAGAUUCCCCUAUGUGGCACUCUCGAAGACCUACAACACAGACGCUCAGGUGGCAGACAGUGCUGGCACGGCCACAGCAUACCUGUGUGGGGUGAAGGCCAACGAGGGUACAGUGGGUGUGAGUGCAGCGGCUGUGAGGGGCCUCUGUAACACAACGCGGGGCAACGAGGUCACUUCCAUCCUUAAAUGGGCCAAAGACGCAGGAAAAUCUGUGGGCAUCGUAACAACAACACGAAUAAACCAUGCCACCCCGAGUGCAGCGUAUGCCCAUUGUGUGGACCGUGACUGGUAUUCAGAUGGAGAAAUGCCUGUUGAGGCAGUGCAGGAGGGCUGUAAGGACAUUGCCAGACAGCUCAUGGAGAACAUUCCCAAUAUUAAUGUAAUCAUGGGUGGUGGCCGAAAGUACAUGCUUCCUAAAAACAUGUCGGAUGUGGAAUACCCCAGUGAGAAGAAACACAGUGGGACACGCAAAGAUGGCCGGAAUCUGAUCCAGGAAUGGAUUGACAGAAUGAAAGACAAGAGGGGUUACUAUGUUUGGAACAAAGGGGAUCUCCUUUCAGUAAAUCCCUCUUCUGCUGACUAUCUACUGGGGCUGUUUGAGCCAGGAGACUUGCCUUAUGAACUGGAGAGGAACAAGAGCACUGAUCCUUCCCUUACCGAGAUGGUGGAUGUGGCUAUAAAGAUUCUCAGGAAAAACCCUAAGGGCUAUUAUUUGCUAGUAGAAGGCGGGCGAAUUGAUCAUGGACACCAUGAGGGCAAAGCAAAACAGGCCCUGCAUGAAGCCGUAGAAAUGGACCAUGCCAUUGGUCGAGCUGAUCUCCUCAGCAGCAUCCAUGACACCCUGACUGUUAUUACUGCUGAUCACUCACAUGUGUUCAACUUUGGAGGAUACACGCCAAGAGGAAACUCCAUCUUCGGACUGGCACCUAUGGUGAGUGAUGUUGAUCAAAAGCCCUUCACAGCCAUUUUGUAUGGGAAUGGGCCCGGGUUCAAGCUCAUUAACGGCUCCAGGGUCAACGUCUCCACUGUGGAUUAUCAGGAAAACAACUAUCAAGCCCAGGCAGCUGUUCCGCUACGCAUGGAAACACACGGAGGUGAAGAUGUUGCCAUUUUCUCCAAAGGGCCCAUGGCACACUUGCUUCAUGGAGUGCAAGAACAGAACUACAUCCCCCAUGUCAUGGCAUAUGCAGCCUGCAUUGGCCAGAACAAAGACCACUGCUCCUCAGGCAGCAGCUCAGCUCCUUCAGCCACAACAGUCCCUCUAGCUCUACUAAUUGUAAUCUCUUGGCUAUUGUGCUGAAACCUUUGCUUCUGCCAACAUAUUUUCAGACUUACUCAUAGACUUUAUUAUCUAAGAUCCUGUAAUGUACUGAUGGAUUUUAUAUAUAUAUAUAUAUAUAUAUAUAUAUAUAUACACUAUAUUGCCAAAAGUAUUCGCUCACCUGCCUUGACUCGCAUAUGAACUUAAGUGACAUCCCAUUCCUAAUCCAUAGGGUUCAAUAUGACGUCGGUCCACCCUUUGCAGCUAUAACAGCUUCAACUCUUCCGGGAAGGCUGUCCACAAGGUUUAGGAGUGUGUUUAUGGGAAUUUUUGACCAUUCUUCCAGAAGCGCAUUUGUGAGGUCACACACUGAUGUUGGACGAGAAGGCCUGGCUCUCAGUCUCCGCUCUAAUUCAUCCCAAAGGUGUUCUAUCGGGUUGAGGUCAGGACUCUGUGCAGGCCAGUCAAGUUCAUCCACACCAGACUCUGUCAUCCAUGUCUUUAUGGACCUUGCUUUGUGCACUGGUGCACAGUCAUGUUGGAAGAGGAAGGGGCCAGCUCCAAACUGUUCCCACAAAGUUGGGAGCAUGGAAUUGUCCAAAAUGUCUUGGUAUGCUGAAGCAUUCAGAGUUCCUUUCACUGGAACUAAGGGGCCAAGCCCAGCUCCUGAAAAACAACCCCACACCAUAAUCCCCCCUACACCAAACUUUACACUUGGCACAAUGCAGUCAGACAAGUACCGUUCUCCUGGCAACCGCAAACCCAGACUCGUCCAUCAGAUUGCCAGAUGGAGAAGCGCGAUUCGUCACUCCAGAGAACGCGUCUCCACUGCUCUAGAGUCCAGUGGCGGCGUGCUUUACACCACUGCAUCCGACGCUUUGCAUUGCACUUGGUGAUGUAUGGCUUGGAUGCAGCUGCUCAGCCAUGGAAACCCAUUCCAUGAAGCUCUCUGCGCACUGUUCUUGAGCUAAUCUGAAGGCCACAUGAAGUUUGGAGGUCUGUAGCAAUUGACUCUGCAGGAAGUUGGCGACCUCUUCGCACUAUGCGCCUCAGCAUCCGCUGACCCCGCUCCGUCAGUAUACGUGGCCUACCACUUCGUGGCUGAGUUGCUGUCGUUCCCAAACACUUCCACGUUCUUAUAAUACAGCUGACAGUUGACUGUGGAAUAUUUAGGAGCGAGGAAAUUUCACGACUGGAUUUGUUGCACAGGUGGCAUCCUAUCACAGUUCCACGCUGGAAUUCACUGAGCUCCUGAGAGCGACCCAUUCUUUCACAAAUGUUUGUAAAAACAGUCUGCAUGCCUAGGUGCUUGAUUUUAUACACCUGUGGCCAUGGAAGUGAUUGGAACAACUGAUUCUGAUUAUUUGGAUGGGUGAGCGAAUACUUUUGGCAAUAUAGUGUAAUAUAUAUAUAUAUUUUUUAAAAAGUGUCCAUUUUUAAAGGAACUUUCUACCACCUUUUACACUUUUAGAUCACUGCUUAUACACUUUUAAGAGAAUAAAACAAAUAGCAAAGUGAUAAAAAGAUGAAGGAAGGGCCUAAAGGGACAUUAAGGCUGAUAACAUGAACAUGAACAUUUUUUCUCUUUACUUCUUCUUUGGUAGCUUACAAAUUGGCUUAAUGCAUUGUCAAAUCCUAGGAAAAAAGCUGUAGGUACUUAUCAAUUCUACAUAGACUGAUUGUUAAAGAUAAUGUUAAUUAUUUGUUAUUAGGAUUAUAAAAUUCUACCAAGACUAUGAUGGAGCUAUGCUGCCCUGUUUGUAGGCAAUAAUCUCAGAUAUGAACUCUCAUUAUCCUCCGUAUGACCUUAGUAGCAUAGGAUUGGUUCACCAUGAUUUUAUAGCCUUCACAUUUGCUAAAUAUUUCUCUUAGUUUUCAUAUAAGACGUCUCGCAGCUGAAGCACUUACACUGAUACUUGUCAGAUUGUUAUUUUUUCCCAUUGCAUCUCAAAUUUCAUUCAUAGAUUCUAAAAUGUUUAGUUGUUAUGACAGUAUGAAGAUUACAUCUGAAAUCUGAUUUGGUCAGUCAUUGCUCACUAAAAAUAUUCUUCUUGAUGUAAUACUUUAAUGAUUUUCAGUGUGCAUUCAUACGUUUUCUUAUGGCGCGCUUGUGUUUGGCUAGUCAGUGCCUGGUGUCGGCUGUGCUGGUGGUAGAAAUGAUCAAACACACAGAAUGAAGAGUGUGCUGGUGUGUCUUGAAGAAGAGAAGUUUUUGAAUCCACCCUGUAUUCUCAUAAAAUGUCAAAAAUCUUUGGAAAAAUUAAGAAAUAUUAUUGUUACUUUAUUCUGUUACUGAUAAUGUGCAUUUAUUCAUGUACCAUAUAUACCAUUACACACAUAAACAUUUGAUGCCCAUAUAAAUAUUUUUAAACAUUUUUUUUAGGUGGCCUAAGAUAUUUGCGCAAUACUGUAUAUGUAUUGUAUACUCUUCAUGAGUAGAAUGAAAUAUUGCAGACAAAGUUCUUUGAUUAGAUUAGAUUUGUUUUUUAAUAACAGCUGUAACUUCUUUCUCAUCUAUUCAAAAUAUUGUCUUUGGCCAGUCUCUUUUCCCAGUAACUUGAGCUAACCUGUGACGAUCUCCUAACCAGUGAUAUGUUGAUAGAGGGAAUUCUGUAAAUGUAUUCUUUAUUACAACAAUAAGUAUAACUUAACAAUCACAAUGCAUAUUUGUCACAAACAUGAAGAUACUGGUUUGUUUGUGAAGUGAUAUGAGAACUGUUCAAGCAAAUGAAGGCAGAUUGGGCCUAAAAUGUUUCACUACAACUUGUGUCUGUGUCGUUUUAUUAUCA